AGAUAAGACCGUAAUGCUUAGAUAGUAUUUUAAAAUAAAUCUAUAAAACAUACAAGUCUAAAACUUAUACAAGUCCGUUUUAAUAGUAAUAUUGUUUAAAUGUUAACGACAUUUUUAACGUUUAUGUUUGAAGCGUGUUUUAUAUAAUAUUUUAUUAAACGAUACAUCAGACAUGGAUCAAGAUAGGGCCAUGAAACUGUAUCUGAACGGUGCGACAGCGUUUUUUCUUGACAUCCCGUCUGGCAUGGAAUUCGGCAUUGAUAUGAUGUCUUGGGCGACUGGUGAUAAAUUCAAAGGAAUCAAAAUGAUACCCCCUGGUAUACAUUUCGUAUAUUACAGUGCCACAGAUAAAUAUGGAAACACAGCUCCACGUUGUGGGUUUUUUCAUGCUUUUAAAAAAGGUGAAUGUCUUGUAAAAAAGUGGGAUACAGAAAAUGAAAUAUUGGUAGAUGUACCCAGAUUAGAAAUAGUGCAAUACAAAACAAAUAUAUUAUAUUUUGAUGACUGUCUGGGUCCUUAUCCAUAUGAAGAACUAUCAAAAUGGAAUGGUUUGUCAUCAUUGCUUACUGAAAACUUAAUACACAGGUUAUGCCCUGAAACCAAAUUUAUCCGAUCAGCAAUGGAGUUAUUUCCAACAUCAGUUAAGGAAAAUACAAAAAAAAGAAGAAAAUGGGGUCCUAUUAGAAGUGAAACAGAUGUUGGAUAUGAACAUUUGCCCAACUUAGUGCCAAAAGAAGAAAAUAAAAUAAGAUUUACUGAACCUCCAGAAUGUCAUUAUCCACCUGGUUCGUCACUUUCAGAAAUCACUAAAUAUUCACUUGACACUUCAUACAUACUUCAUACCAUGGCUGAAAAACACGAUAGUAAAAUCGAUUUAUUGGCUGAACUGCAAUUUUCCUAUGUUUGUUUUCUUCUUGGUUUAAGUUAUGAAUCUUUUGAGCGCUGGAAGAAGCUGUUUCAAUUAUUUUGUAUGAGUAAAGAAGCAAUAGCACAGGAUCAAAACUUUUUUGCAAAAUUUUUUAUAGCAGUACGUCAUCAACUAGAAACCAUACCUGAGGGCUUUUUAGUCGACAUUGUUGAAAACAAUAAUGUUAUUUAUAAUGGUUUAAAAGAGUUAUUUAGAACAUUAGAAACUUGUGAUUUUGUACUGGAGGAUGAUCUUAAAGAUGGUACGAUUCAAAUCAAACGAUUUUUGCAACAAAAGUUUGGUUGGGAAUUCAAUGGACUAACUGAAGAGGAUGAUGAUGAAGCCCCUGUUAUUGUUGACUGUACUGAAGAAUCAUUUUAAAAUCUUAUUAAUACAAUAUUACUUAUAAUAUAACUUCCUAAUUUUUAUAAAAUUAAUAUGAGUAUAAUUUAUUUUAUCCUGAAUAAAAUAUACAAAAUAAAAUUCAUUUUUUGAAUUAUUAUUUGUUCUCUUAAUAUCCUAGUCCAAUUAUGUUAGUUAAAUAUUUACUUCUUAUUAAGUUUAUAAUGCAAGUAUUUAAUUGUGUCAUAAAUUAAUAUUUUAUGUAUUUGGUAAAUUUAAUAAGAAAUGAAAUUUUGAUGUUUAUUUUUAAUUGUCUUUUAAUAUGUAUUUUGUAUAUUGCUAUUCACUAAUUAUUAUCAAUUAAUAAUAAUUAUUAUUGUUAACUUGUUACUUGUAUGUAAUAUGCAAUGAUAAUUGUUAUAUUGCAAAUAAUGCUUUGACCAGUGUAUAUGUUAUUUAUGAUUUAUUUAUAAUUCAUAUUGUUUAACCAUUAUUUAAAUUACUUUGACAUAGAAUCCGGUUUAAGUAGCAACAUAAUAAUACUCCAGCCCGUAUUCUAGUUUUUCCUUGAAAACAGAUCCAUAAUUAAUUAUUUUUAUUUUUGGUAGUAAUUAUCAAAAUUAAAAUUAUAUUGGUUGUUUUGAUAAAAUGUUUAAACAAAAUCA